AUGGGCUCCCUGCACUGCAUGGACUGCUGCCCUCUGCUGGGUCUCUGCGUCUUGACACAGCUGUGGGCACGCAAGAUGUGCCUGCGCCGCCUGGACCACAUGCACGCGGUGGUGCAGGGCGUCCGCCUGGCGCUGCAUGAGUGUCGCGACCAGUUCAAGGGCAAGCGGUGGGACUGCACCGUGCCUGGCGCGGAGAACGCGCCGGACCCCGAGUCAGGCUUUACGCGCUACACCACGGGAGUGUUCCCCGGCGUGUCCCCCGGCUCUCGCGAGGAUGCGUUCCUCUCCGCCAUCGUCGCCGCCGGAGUGUCCCACGUGGUGGCGCGCGGCUGCCGCCAGGGGCAGUUCCGGGGCAGCUGCUCCUGGGUCGUUCCCGACGCCAUGAGGCUACCGCCGCGUGCUCGGCGGGGCGGCUCAUCGGACGACGUCGAAUACGGAUACCAGUUCGCCAAGUGGUUCGUGAAUGCGGUGUACAAUCUGGCGCACAUGGACUGCAAGUGCCACCUGCUUUUUGGCCGCUGCAUGCUGAAGAUCUGCUGGCAGCAGCUCGCCGACUUCCACCAAGUUGGGAACUUGCUGAAGCACAAGUACGACACAAGUUCCGCCAUGCAGCUGGUCCGCCACAACAGCAGCAGCAGCGUUGCUGGUGCCACCCGCUGGUCCCGCUGGCGUCUGGAGCCGGUGAACGAGCGCUUGACGGCGCCCACGGCGAGCGAGCUGAUGCAUGUGAGCGCCAGCCCCGGCUACUGCGAGCGCAACGACGCCAGCGGCAUCCCCGGCGCGGUGGGGCGGCGGUGCAACGUCACCUCCGAGGGCAAGGAGGCAUGCUCCGUCAUCACGUGCUGUGACAGAGGAUACGACAUCUCACAAGUCACGCUGGAGACGCAGUGCGGAUGCAAGGAGCAGCUCAAGGAGAACGUCAAGUGCAAGCUUUGCCCGUGGACCGUCGAUCAAUUCGCUUGCAAGUAG